AUGGAUCUACCGCCCCUCUCUCAGGAGCAGCUGUCUACAGUACUCGCAACCGCUCGUUCGGCUUCUGAACUCUACGAGGCAUUGUCACAAUAUGAAGGUCCUGCCUGUUUCCUUUCAACGUCGAAUAGCGAAGAAGCGGAUCUUUUGAGCUUGUUUUAUUCGAGUUUCUUCUUCUCCCACCUUCUCCUUGAUGAUAUCUACGAGGCCCGCGCCAUGACGAAGCGGAUGCCACAGGACCUAGCGCAAAAUGAUGCUACCCUUCAAAACUGUUUGAGGUUAUUGCGAGCUGUCUGGCAACGAAAGUAUGAGCACGUAUACAAGGUUCUAAGAGACCUACCGUGGCCUGAGAUGCUUGAGCCAACAGUACGAAAAUACGAACUUCAUUUCCAGGAAAAGACCUUAAAGGAAGUCAGCCGAGCCUACGAAGCGAUUCGGCCUGAUGCGGCUGCAAACUACCUUGGUCUUGAUGCAACCGCCGCGAAGCAGGGCGAUCCGGCUAUCAUAAGCAAAUUUACAGCCUGCGGGUGGAGAUGGGAUGAGGAAACCGGGCUCCUCUAUCCCCAACCCAUUACCACUCCUAGGGAAAAGAUUGGACACUCCUCCAACGGGUUGGGCGAGGUCAUGGCGCUGAUGGGAUCUCAUUCCGGCUGA